UGCCUUUAAAUUCUGUCGUUUUAUUUACUAAUUUGUUUGAAUAAUUGUGAAAAAUGAGAAAGACAACAAUUAUUUUCACAAUUUAGAUUAUUCUGAACACAAAAAGGUGCCCUUUAUGAUAAUAAAAAUUAGUGGGGCCUUUUUGAUUUUUUUUAAAAGAGAGAAUUUCAGUGGUUAAAUGAAAAUUCAUAUUUAUUUAUUUUUUUAAAAAAAUUGGAUAACACAUUUCAUUGACACCAACCUUAUCGGCAAUCUCUGUAAUCCGAUUGGGAGCUGAAGAAGGCACGCCGCCGGAGAUCGAAUGGCGUUCACGGCGGUGCUCUUCCCCGCCAUCACCACCGUCAAUCAGGCCCACCCGUGCCGCCACCGUAUCCUCUCACCCAAACGAGGCAGCAUUUCCCGCACCACGCGCACCCUCGCCCUCCCGCCCUCCGCGGACCUCCCCUCCCUCGACGCCCCCGUGGCCCUCGCCGCCGCCUCGUCCGUCGCCGCCCUCGCCGCCGCCCUCUCCUUCUCGGACCCCGAGCGCCGACGCCGCCAGCAGGCCGAGGUGGUGGGCGGCGACGAUAAAGAUGUCGUCCGCGACUACUUCAACAAGACCGGAUUCGAGCGGUGGAAGAAGAUCUACGGCGACGCCACCGAGGGCGUCAACCGCGUCCAGCUCGACAUCCGCCUCGGCCACUCCGAGACCGUCGAGAACACCCUCGCCAUGCUCCGCGACGGCGGCCCACUCGCCGGCAUCUCCGUCUGCGACGCGGGGUGCGGCACCGGCAGCCUGACCAUCCCGCUCGCCCGGGAGGGCGCGCUCGUCACCGCCAGCGACAUCUCCGCCUCGAUGGUCGCCGAGGCCGAGCGCCAGGCGCGGGACGCCCUGGUUGGCCAUUCCGGCGCCCAGAUGCCCAAAUUCGAGGUCAAGGACCUCGAAUCACUGGAGGGAAAAUUCCACACGGUGGUGUGCUUGGACGUGCUGAUCCACUACCCUCAAGAGAAGGCCGAAGCCAUGAUCGCCCACUUGGCGUCGUUGGCCGAGAGCAGGUUAGUGCUCAGCUUCGCUCCCAAGACCUUGUACUACAACCUCCUGAAACGGGUGGGCGAGUUGUUCCCCGGCCCGAGCAAGGCCACGAGGGCCUAUCUGCACGCCGAGGGCGACGUCGAGCGGGCUCUGCGCAAGGUUGGGUGGAAGGUGAACAAGAGGGGCUUCAUCACUACCCAGUUCUACUUCGCCAAGUUGUUCGAGGCAGUGCCUGUGAGCUCGGCCUGAGAUGGGCAGUAUCACCAUGAAAAUGCUCUUCUUGCAGCUGUACAUGUAGCUAAUUUAUGGUUGAAACAUCACAAAUGUGUUUAUGCUCAGUUUGUCACGCGAAAUAAUCGGAUAGAACUAAAAGUUCAAUCAAA